AUGAAUACUGUUCCAAAAGACUUUCUAUGUCCUAUUACACGUGAAUUAAUGAUAAAUCCUGUGUUACUUAUCGAAGAUGGACGUAGUUAUGAAAAAUCUGCAUUAGAAAAAUGGUUACAAGCACAUAAUACAUCACCUAUGACAAAUUGUUUGCUAAAAGAUCGUCGAUUUGUUUUAAAUUAUAAUUUAAAAAGUGCUAUUGAAGAUUAUCAAUUAAAACAAGAUAAAAUCAAUUCGUUGACUCGAUUUCGUCAAUUUAAUAUUAAAUCUGGACGAUUAAAUCAAGAUUUUGAACGGUAUUAUAAAUUAAAAAUCCGUAUUUCGCUUUUAGGCGGUUCUAAUGUUGGUAAAACAACAAUAUCAAAAUCAAUUGAGUUUGGUGAACAUCAUCAAACAUCCACGGCUACAGUCGGACCAGAUUUAAUUUAUUUUUAUCUGGAUCAAUUAUUUGAAGAUGAAUAUGUUGUUGUUGUUCAAUUACAAGAUAUUCCGGGAAUGGAACGAUAUGAAGCUAUAUGCGACAACCAUUUUAGACAUUGUCAUGGAGCAAUACUCAUUUCAGACAUUACAGAUUUAGAUAGUUUAGAACGUUUACAAUUGUAUUGGUAUAAAUCAUUACAACAAAAAGGUAUGGACAAUGUUGAAACAAUAUUAGUUUGUAACAAAAUUGAUUUGAUGAAUCAAUGUGAUAAAUAUUAUCGACGGACAUAUAUUCAACGUGCAAAAUAUUUUGCAUCUGAAUAUGAUAUACCAAUAUUUCACUGUAGUGGUUUAACGGGUGAAAAUAUUCAAAUAAUGUUUAAACAAUUGAUUAUGAGAAUAUUAAAUAAUUCGAUUUUAUUACAACAGUUAAAACAAAGUGCUAUAAGACCAGCGGAAACGAUAAGAACAUCGUCUGUAUCAACAACAGAUUCAAUACAUUUAAUAGAUAGAUCGGAUUCCAGAAAUUCAAACGAUAACGAAGCAAAAUCAAAUUGUUGCUAA